AUGACGAGAUCUGCUGUCGUCUCCAUCAUAUGCAUCGUCAUCCAGCCUUCCUUCUCCUAUACCGCCCUUUCGUAUGUCUGGGGCGACGGCAGUCAGGAAGGAAAGGUCAACAUCUCCUGCAAUGGACGACAAGCCAGGAUAACUCCAAACCUCCCUCCACUCGGCGCUCUUCCGGCUGCGCAGUUCAAGCACCAGCAGAAUUCUGCUCCGACGGCGAAGGACUUGGCUGAGAAGGAACAACAACAAGUCCGGAUGAUGGACCGAACGUUUUCGAUGGCAGAACCAGUCGGCGCAGGCUCAGCUCCAGAAGUGCUCUCUACUCUGGAUCGCAUUCACAAUGUCCCUGAAGAAGUGUGGGAAGCAGCGGGCAUCGCGGGCAUCACUGCGACAAUCUGA